GAUGAUAUGAUAUAUCAGCCAGCCCACGAACCCAUUAGAUCCAAACUCAAAAUACAUAAUGCAAAAGUAUAUCAAAAGAAAGAAAAUAGAACUGUAGAGUGUAGAAGAGAAGAGGAGGAGAAUUAACGGGGGGAGAGAAAAGAAACUGCAGAGGAGACGGUGGAAGCUAGCGUGCUGGCUUGCCAGUGAGUUUGACAGACACGUGUCAGCAUAUGGGCCCAAGGAAUCUCUGGGAAUUAUGAAGGAAGGACGCAUCAUGAGCAUUGAGCACCCAAAGCAGCCGGUCUACUCUGCGUAUAACUAGUUUUUGGAUUUAUUGUUUUAAGUAGGAUUAGGCUUCUAAACACAAAAAAAAAAAAAAAAACUGGAGAGCUCAAAUGGAAAGAGAUAUUUGUAGAGCUCAAAUGGGCCAGGCCCAGAACAAAGAAUUUAAAUAUUGGGAAUUGCAUAUGUAGGCAAGGGAGGGAGAGCAGGCUUUUUUGUUGUUGUUAUGAAUCGGGCAUGCAACGGGAAAGCAAAGGCGUCUAGCCUAGCCGGUCAGAUGUCUUGUUUUGUUUUAUUUGCACUCCACAUUUUUUAUUUUCAUUAUUUUGCAUUUCCCAAUCGGGCGCAUUUCGUUGAAAAAUUCCCUUUUUCCCCCUAACUUGAUUUCUAAUUCAAAAUAUCCGAAAAAAGAUGAAGAUCUUAGAAUGGGUUGGACCAUUAAUUGGUUUUUUUUUUUUUGCCCCUGACCGACAUAAGUUUCUUGACCUGGUUCGGUCCAACAACGAGCUGAAUUAAAUGGGUUGGACCAAUUAUUGUUCUCAAUGUGUCGUGGAAUGCUAAUGAUCCUGAAUUUAUCAAUAACAUUUAUUGAAUAUCAAUUUAAUUAAUUCGUGCUUCAAUGUAAAUUUACUAAGCGUAAUUCAACAAUUUCGUUUCAUUAAGCAUAUACUGUCAUUUCCAAUUCUUCCCCAGCUUUGUUAAUGUCAUGUAUUUGACCUUCUACUUUAAAUGACAUGUACGUUCUACUAUUGAUCCCUUCAUCUCGUGGUUAAAUGUAACGACUCGUGCAUUUGUUAAUUAACGAAUGAGUCAUUUGAUACCAGAUAACUCAUACACAAUUAUGAACAAAACAAUCAUUUAUUAUUUUGUACGACCAUUAAAAUUAAUGAGAACGCUAAAAUUAUUGUUGCGAAUUAAUAAGAAUGAUAAUAAUAAGAUCUUUCAUAGACAAAAAUAUAUUGACAAGGAGGAGGAGUAUAGGUCAGUCAGAGUCGCACGUGCUCCUGGGGACUCUCCCUAACCAGUCCUCUCCUCUCCCUCCCAAAAUUCAAUGCCUCUUUAAUUUAAUUUAAUUAACCCUUUUUAGUUAACAAUUUCCCUUCCUCCCACUUCUUCUCUUCGCUUCCUCUUCUUCCUCACUCACUCACCUCCAUUACUUACACACACAACAACAGUUCCCCCCUCUGCAACCAUUUGUCUCCUUCUUCCCUCCAUUAUCACUCUCUCUCUCUUCCCCCUCUCCAUUUCUCUGCAAACCCAUCAAAACCCAUCUCCCCAUUCCCCCAACAGGAACAACAACUCAACCUCCACGAUGAUGGACGCAUCAGCAGCAGCACCACCCAAGGGAGGCGGGAAGGUAGGCGUCGGGGCCGCCGUCGUCGACGACGACAUGGACGACGGAAUGCAAUGCAGCGACCACCCUUCUCGCACCAACCCCGGCGGGAUCUGCGCCUUCUGCCUCCAGGAGAAGCUCGGCAAGCUGGUCUCCUCCUCUUUCCCGCUCUCAGUUCGCGCCUCCACUUCCUCCUCCUCUUCUCCCCCUUCCUUCAGAUCUGAUGCCGCCGCCGCCGCCGCCGUCCCAUCAGCGGCAGCUUCCGCGGCCGCCACUUCACUCGCGCUGGCUGUGCGCCCGUCGAGUUCCUCAUCAUCCACCGCGUACGGGUGCGCACGAGGUGUUCGACGGAAUGACGCAAUGAGUAAUGGUAAUAAUGGAAAUAAUAAUGGUCAGUACGGCAGUAGUGAGUACUACAGCUCUUCCCUCCGCAAGGCGAGGAUCCCGUUCCUGCUCGCGAAGAAGAAGAAGAAAAUCAUGGCUGCGUCGUCUUCAUCUUCCGAGAAUCAGAGCGAAGCGGUGUUCAAGCGCAGCAAGUCCACCGCUGCUCCGGGGAGAAGGUCCACCCAUUUCUUCGACGACGGCGGGGAGGAUUUCAGCCCUCGCAAGCGUGGUGGGUUUUGGUCCUUCCUCUACCAUUCCUCCUCCAGCAAUGUCAAAUCCAACCUCAAUCCUUCAUCUGCUGCAAAUCACAAGAGAAUCGAUCAUCAGCAGCACAAGGUUUCCUCGCUUCCCGCCGCAGCAGCAUCAGCUUCAGCUGCUGGUUCCAGCACGGCGCCGUUUAGCUCUGCUUCCUCUGUAAACCAUCUUCCGCCUGUGCGGAAGGAUAGAUGUUUAGGAGUUGGGGGAUCGUCUCUUUCGCGAAGAACAGAGAUGGUAGUUGUGGAAGAAGACGACGAAAGCCCCAAUAGCCAAGCUACGAGCUCAAACUCUGCUGCUUCAUCGUUCGAGAGGAAAGUGUCUCGAUCUAGAUCCGUUGGGUGCGGGAGCAGGAGCUUCUCAGGGGAUUUCUUCGAGAGAAUCUCAACUGGAUUCGGCGACUGCACGCUGAGAAGAGUCGAAUCGCAGAGGGAAGGCAAACCGAAAUCUUCAACAUCUGGUGGAGCUAUGAAGGAAAGGGUGAAGUGUGGCGGAAUCUUUGGUGGGUUCAUCAUAACUUCAUCAUCUUCGUCCUCAUCUUCAUCAUCGUACUGGGUUUCAUCGUCAGCUGAGGAAAUGAAUGGGAAAUCUGGCGGCAAUCAUUUGAGCCAUGGAAGGACGAGGAGCUGGACCUGGGCAUUUGCUAGCCCUAUGAGGGCAUUUGGAGGAAGCAACAAGCUGUCUGGUAAAGAGAAUGGGAGGAGAGAUCAUCAUCAGGUUAUCAGGGAAACUGGGAAUAGGAACUCUGCUGCUGCUGCUCCAAACUUGGCUGCCAUUCCUUCAUUGUUAACUGUGAGCAGCUAAAAUUAAAAAAAGAGUGUGAUUGAACGAAUCUAUUUCUUCUGUUUGCUUUCUGGGUCUAUAAUCUAUAUCACAUCGCUACUACACAGUACAUUUUCGGCUAAAGUAGUAAUCUUUUUGUUCAUUUCCUUAUCAGUUUGCCCUUGAUUUCUUGUUUGCUGCAAUCUCUACAAUGUUCAGUUUCCACUUCCACAAGUGUAGUUUCAUAACACCAACCAUUUCCUUCAAGAGUUCAUGGAUUGGAUCAUAUAUAUCUAAUUAGAUUCCUAUCUAGUCAUAUUUCUCAACAGUCGUUUGUUAUGUCCUUUUAGAUGCAAAUUCCAACGAAAAGCAAAAACCCAGGUGAGUUGAUUGCCUGAGGGAAGCUUGAGUGUGACCACUUGGGUUUAAUUGCCUGGAGUUUGAGAGACAGAGAGAAGGAGAAAGCAUUAGUGAGUCCUUUGACCAAGAAUACUCUCUCUGUCUCAUCAUCUCUCUUCUUCCCUUGUUGUCUCUGUGAACGUGAUGCAGAGAUGCCUUUGCCAGCUUUAGUUCGGCUUGUAUUUACUCCAAUUUUCUUUAACAUCUCUCUUGUGUAGUUGAGAGAGUUGUUUCAGCUUCAACAGCUCUGGUUUGUAAUUUGUUUAUUAGUUGUUCUUGUAUUGUAAUGCUAAAGGCCUAAAGGCAGAGUGAUCAUCGUGCAAUGGCAAGUUUGUAUUAUCAGAAGCAACUCUCUCUCCCCCUCUCUGCAGAAGCUUUGGAUCUCUCACAUGGGCACACAUGUCUGGUGAUUGCUCUCUCUCUCUCUCUGUAUAAUAAACACUUGUUGCUGUGGGCAUUAAAUAUACUGUGGAUGGCGGUGAGGCAGUAGAUUUAUAUCGAAAGCUUGAAGGAGGAAUUGCUUCUUUUACUUGCGUUACCAUCCAUGAUCCAUCUCAUCUUGACACCAAUACCCAUAUGGUGAAAGACAAUAAAUUGUGAGCUACUACCCUACAAAUUAGUGGUGGGGUUUGCGGGUACUCUGGUACUUGUCUCUUUUCUUACCAGUUUCUCGUUAGCAGUAUGUGUACAUCAAGAAUUGAGUUUUCAUUUUCAACCUGAAUAGUGAGUCCUCGUCUCUGACAUUACAACCUAGCAGCAAGUGAGGUGGUGGUAGAUGAUAACUAAUUUGACCUACCCCGGGUCUGACCCUGUAACCGGGGAGUGACCAGGCCGAACUGAAGCAGGUUUGAUCAAGCUGGUUCAGUCCCUCUAUCUACUUUGUAACCACAACUACUUAGUCAGCAAGAUGAGAAAUCUCUCCAUUCAGAUUGACAUCAGCACCUUGCUUGUACCAGAAUUACUUGAAUGAAUGAAUACCCACUUUUGGUUAGAAGUUGGAACCUAAUACCCAAUACCAUGGCUAGAGCUUGGUCAGUUUGGAGGAAGAUAAAGCCCAUGUAAGCAUAUUAUCUGUGAGCCAAAGCCCAUGUAUAUAAGCCCAUAUUAUCAUAUGCAAAAACUUGGAAGUUUAGGAAACACAAUUAAGCAUGGUAAGCUCAUUUUCUUACCAUCAGUUAGCAUGUCAUCUUCUGAACUCGACACCUAGAUUAACACGAAAACACGAUCAUCACUAGCCGCUCCAUACAUUUUACAACACAAUAAUGCUUCGUUAUCGAUUGUUAGAAACACAUUAUUUGCAGCUUUUGGUUAAUUCGCAUUAUUGUCGGUUUUUGUUAAUUGGGAGAUUAUUUGGGGUAUUCGGGCAAUAAUCAGGGAGUCAAUUGUUACGUUUUAUUAGUUGGGUAGGAGGUAGGAUUUUGACGGAUUAUAUAAUCUGCAAUAUGGUGUUAUUUUUCCAUUAAGCACUAAAAUAUCAAAAACCUA